AUGAGCGAUGGCACGAAAUUGGUCGGCGUGAUCGGGGACGAAGAUACAGUCACAGGCUUCAUCCUCGCAGGCGUUGGCCACCGAACAGCUGAGGGCACCAACUUCCUCGUCGUGAAGCCCACCACUCCGAUCUCUGCGAUUGAAGCCAGCUUCCGGUCCCUCACAAGUCGCGACGACAUUGCUAUCCUUUUGAUCAACCAGCACGUGGCUGAGGAAAUCCGCCAUCUUCUUAACACGUACGAGAAGACCAUUCCAACGGUGCUGGAGAUCCCAAGCAAAGACUCGCCUUACGAUCCGACAAAGGAUUACAUCAUGAAGCGUGUGAACCUCAUGCUUGGGGAGUGA